AAAUCACCCUGCAACCUCUCUCCUCUCUCAUGUUUAACUCUCCCUUUGAAGAUGAAUCUGUAAGGGAAAACAGUUGGGAGUGAGAGAAGCGUGAUCCACCGUCGAUAUACCUUCCCCGACCAGUUUGCUUCCUCAACUCCACGAAAUCGAAGCCGUCAUGGGAUAGUCGGGCCAGUUUGAUUCCUCAACUCCGUGAAAUUGAAGCCGCCAUGGGUGAGACUGAUUCUUUCUUCUCCAUGGGACUCCAUGAAAUCGCAGCUGCCAUGGGAGAGUCGGACCGGACCAGUUUGCUUCCUCAACUCCGCAAAAUUGAAGCCUACAUGGGAUUGAAACAAGAAGCAGGGCAAAGGGCUCACGGGGAAGAUGAAUCUGGAAAGGGAAAUUGCCUGAUGGACCAGUUUGCUUCCGCACCUCAUGAAGCCGCCAUGGGAGAUUCAUAUCAGAUGUCGCUGGUGGAGACCGCAAAGGAAGCCAUAAAGCACACCAUG